AUGGCUGCUCGUGUGAUGGGACAAAGAGCGACAGAAAAGAAAGAAACAGCAAAAGGUGAACAGGAUAAAGAAGAACGGAAGAACUCAAAGUUUGACAUAGUUGCUACACGGAAUUUUAAUGACUUUAUAGAAGAUGCUGGUCUACAUGAAUUCUCUCUUAGAGAUAGAAAGUUCACGUUUUGUUCGGGGAAGAAAUUAAGUCGUAUAGACAGAAUCAUGGUUUCGUGGUGUUUUCUUAAUAAGUGGCCGAAUGCGGGAUAUAGAGCUCUUGCACGUGAGAAGUCGGAUCAUUGUCCGUUGCUUUUGAAGGUGUGUUCGAAGAAUUUUGGCCCAAAACCAUUUUGGUUCUUUAACUCGUGGCUCGAUAAACCAGAUUUUCAAAAUUUGGUUACUACUUCGAUUAUGGAUUUUAGUGGUGAAGGGGUGCCGGAUUUGAAUUUUAUACAUAAAUUAAGAGAAUUGCGAUCCAAAAUUGUUGAAUGGAGGCAGAAGCAAAAAGCUUUAGACAGUGAGGAGGAAGAUUGUCUUAAGAAGGAGAUCACUGAUUUAGAGUUGGCAAUGGAGGUUAGGGAGUUAUUGGAUGAAGAGGUGUGGGUUUUUGAGGAAGCGAAAAAGAAACUAGGGGAGUUCUUGAAAGUGAAAGAUUUGAAACAAAAAGCGCGGGUUAAAUGGGCAAAAGAUGGAGAUGAAAAUUCUUGA